UUCAGAAUGAUUACCAAGCUGGACAGUGUACUGCUGGCCCAGAAGAAGUUCCUGUUCCACUACACGAACCUCCGCUGGGCCCGGGGCAGGUGCGAGACGUACCUGUGUUUCGUCAUCAAGAGGCGAAUCGGACCAGAUUCCCAGUCUUUCGACUUCGGGCACCUGCGGAAUCGAUCGGGCUGCCAUGUCGAGCUUCUCUUCCUGCGGUACUUGGGGGCACUGUGCCCCGGGCUAUGGGACGUGGGGAAAGGUGGCAUUCGCGUGUAUUACGCCGUGACGUGGUUCUGUUCCUGGUCGCCGUGUUCGGACUGCGCCCUCCGGCUGGCCCAGUUCCUGUCCCGCAUGCCCAACCUGCGGCUGCGCAUCUUCGUCUCCCGGCUCUACUUCUGCGACCUGGAGGACAGCCGGGAGCACGAGGGACUUCGGCGCCUCCGCAGGGCCGGCGUCCAGAUCACCGUCAUGACUUACAAAGAUUAUUUCUACUGCUGGCAGACGUUUGUAGACCGCAAAGAGAGGGUGUUUAAAGCGUGGGAUGGCCUUCACCAGAACUCACUCAGACUGGCCCGAAAACUCCACCGCAUACUACAACCUUGUGAGACAGAAGAUUUGCGGGACGCCUUUGCGUUGCUCGGACUGUGA